CAUUAUUGUGUACGACAAGAACGACGUACACUACACUAUCGAUAUGCCAUUAAACUCACAGACCAAGCUUUUGCCAUUGAGACAGAUUGAGCUGCCCAUUUCGCAAGUCCUCCCGGAACUGAAAAUCCGAACCGAUCACGAUGUGGAAGUCUGGAAAUCCACCAAGGGUUAUGCAGAUUAUUUGUUGUUCCUCCAUCGGCUGAGUGAAGCAGUGGUUGACUGCACGCUUCCACUUGUGGACCCCCCAAAACAGAGCCAGGUCCGCAAUUAUGACUGCGCCAUCAUUAUUUGAUUCAUCGAGUUCACAGGAAAUCGAGCGAAUACUUGCUCUCCUGGAUACCUUAAGCAACUGGAUUGAUCAAAUUCCGCCCCUUCAGACUCCUCAGCGCUUUGGUAAUCUUGCGUUUCGUACAUGGGGCGCUCGCUUAGAGGAGCGCUCUGAUGAACUUCUUUCAAAAUUGCUUGGCGAAAAGUUCGCCUCCGCUUCUCCGUAUCUGAAGCCUUACUUGCUCACGUCAUUUGGAUCAUUCCUGAGGAUGGACUACGGGACUGGUCAUGAAUCAUCAUUCGCUAUCUUCCUUCUUUGCCUGACCCUCAUACGAUUUCUCCAACCUGACCCAGAUGAAGAGCGACAUUUGGUCCUCAGCGUUUUCGUACGCUAUCUCCAACUGUGCUGGAAGCUCCAGGAUGUCUACAAGUUGGAGCCUGCAGGGAGCCAUGGCGUUUGGGGACUCGACGAUUAUACCUUCCUUGGAUAUAUCUUUGGAAGCGGACAAUUACGAGACCAGACGGAUAUUACUGUAGCUUCCGUCUUAAACCCCCCGCUUCCUCAAAGCAACCUAUACUUCAUGUCCAUUAUGCGGAUUCAUCAGGUCAAACAUGGACCGUUUUACGAACACUCGUCUCAGCUUCACUCAAUCGCCAUUGGGGUUCCUAAUUGGGGGAAAGUUCACAAUGGGUUGUUUAAGAUGUUUGAGGCGGAAGUUCUGGGCAAGAGAGUAGUAGUUCAGCAUCUACCCCUGGGUGGUCUGAUGGAAUGGGAUACCCACGUCGAUCAGCGUCACGCGCCGUCAAUGUCGCACGACGCACCUGCCACCGCGGCUGCCCGUGCUCCUUGGGCACAUCCUCGCUAGUGAUUGAGAAUUUUAUCCGACGGCUUAUACAAAGUAUUUUUCUUCAGUCUUUGGUCACCAAUGUCAAGUAGAUGCGGGAUAUAUGGCGGUCCGCGUCCCUAUCACCUUUACGGAAUAUCCUGAGAGACACUCAAUUGUUUUGUUGAUUCCGCUUGGCCCUGGCGCCAUGGAAUGUUCCGAUCUACCUGUCACUUUUCGUACAGUGAUCAAAGGAUUGUCCGAGUCGCCAAUAUAUGACGGAGAUCUUACGGCGUAUAAAGUGCCAGCAUUUCAAUCCAUCGGAUGUUUUACGCCAACCGCGUACAAAUACUGAGCAGCGCAAAUCUUUAUCGCAAGGUUCCUGCGUAGAUAGCAGUCACGCCCUUGAUUUCAUUUGCAGUCGAGAAUUACCGCCACAGACAGACUCGUG